UCUCCACUUGUAUGUACCAAUAUACGUGGCAAAAUAUUACUUUUAGUAACCGGAAGUGUGUUAGGGAAAAAACACUUCCGGUCUGGACUUGCCUUAGUGCCCGACUGAUUUCUCAGACUGCAGAAAUGCCGGUUGGAAACAUAGGGUAUGGCCAAAGCGGUCCGUCCUGCUUUGACAAGAUGAAGAUUGGAUUCAUGAUGGGCUUUAGUGUUGGAAUGGCCAGCGGAAUUAUAUUUGGGGGAUUCUCAGCUUUAAGAUACGGUUUACGGGGACGAGAGUUGGUGCAGACUGUUGGAAAGACAAUGUUACAAGGUGGUGGCACAUUUGGGACAUUCAUGACUGUUGGUACAGCAAUACGCUGCUGACCAAUCAAACAUUAGGACAUUUAAUGAAAUUGUGUGAUUAAUCGUGUAGUUGAACUCUGCUUCGAGAGAAGUCAAUGCAAUUCACACGGACAUUAAAUAUUCACUGGAUGGUCGCCAUACUGCAGGGAAAUUACCUAAUUGCAAUAGGACAAUUCUUAAGAUGAGUGUUAAUGAAUGUAUUGUGUGUACAAUUCAGUAAGUUUGUAUAUAUAAAAACACCAACAAUAGCCCUGAAAGGGAAACUAAACCGUUCUUAACAUCAUUCUGAUCCAUAUUAACGGUUAUAUCAUAUAAUAUAAUCAUUAGAAUUGUAGUUGUGUUAUGAUAUUCACAGGAUGUGAAAUAUUAUGUUCAUUUAAUUUUUCCAAAUGUUUUGUAUCGGAUGGCGAUAGAUGAUAUCUUUAGAAAUUGAAAUAUUUCAUGUUUUGUGAAAAAUGAUGUUUGUUUCAUUCAUUCAUUCAUGCAGCUCAGUUGACAUUCUUAUCCUCAAGUAUCUUUUUUCCAGAAAAAAAAACUUGUCACUUCAUUCAUAAUAACAUAAUGUUUCAGUAUUUCCAGACUUCUGUUUUGAUUGAAGUCCACUGUACAUGUAUGUGAUUAUGUUUACUUCGAGGCAUUUUUGUAUGGAGUUCUUUCUCAUGUCACCAACAGCAAGUGGGGAGAAUUACUUAUGAAUAAAGCAUUUAAAAUGGUACAAA